GCAUUGUUCUGCGUGGGAAGCGCGCCCGGGUACAUCGAUGUUCUCCAGUUUCAAGAACUUUCAGAUGCCUCCUUCACGCCCCACGUACCUACUGACAACGAAGAAGAGGUUGUGGCAAUCCUGUACACGUCAGGAUCAACGGGUCUUCCGAAGGGCGUGGAAACAUCGCACAAGGCAUACUGUGCCGCGUUUCACACCUUCAGGUCUGCUGGAGCUUGCACUGAAGAGGAUGUUUUCCUUUGCUGGAAUCCUUUCACCCACGGGACGGGUUUUUCAGUAGCCAUGUUUUGCAUGUUUUCAGGAGCAAAAACAAUCAUAACCGAUCCUUUGAUUCCGUACAAAAGUUUCCUGGAGGUUUUCAAGACCCAUAAAGUUUCUCUUUUUAUUGGCAUUGCGGGUUGGAUGCAGUAUAUUGCCAAAGAAGUAAGAAAAGACAACGCUCGUGUGCCUCGUGUAAAAAAAAUCAUGAUGAGUGGUUCAGUGAUCCCGAUCAAGCUUGCACAGGAGAUUCGUGAAAUAUUCGACGUCGAAUCACUUCUCAAUAUCUACGGCAUGACUGAAACGUUUGGUUUAAUGUGCAGCUCACCUGUUGGACAAAUUACCUUCGAUAACAGCGGAGUUCCUCUUGCCGGUAUAAAAAUCAAGGUUAUAGACAUAAGCAGCGGCGAAUCUCUCGGCCCGUUUUGUAAUGGCGAGAUUGCGGUUCACGCCCGAGGGGUCAUGAAGGGCUACUUUGGGCGUCCCGAAGCUACUGCUGAAGUCUUCAGCAACGAUGGAUGGCUUCGUACAGGAGAUUUAGGCUACUACGACGCUGAAGGUCGGAUCCAUGUUGCUGAGAGAUUGAAACAGAUGAUAAAAUGCAUGGAUAAUGUCGUUACCCCUGCGGAGCUGGAAGAAAUUUUGAACAACCACGAGGCUGUCGCAGAGGCCGUAGUUGUGGGAGUUCCAAGCUCGACCUAUGGCGAGGCUCCGACAGCCUGUGUCGUUGUCAAGGACGGCUUCGAGAAAAACCUCGAGAGUCUGGCGACAGAACUGAAGGAACUCAUUGCUGCACAAGCAGCAGUGUUCAAGCAGCUGUAUGGAGGUGUUUUCUUUAUGAAAACUCUUCCCAAGUCCGAGAGCGGCAAGAUCCUGAAACAAGAGCUCAAAACAAAGGUUGCCCAUGAAAUUGAAAAGUUAAACAUAUAG